UGUGCCAAGCAAUAGGCUAGUUUUCAACACUGUAACAGUGAGGUGUGGCCACUGCUCAUAUUUGCUUUCUGUGCAUUUGGAGUCAUUGCAGCAAACUCUACCUCUGCAUGAUCUCCAGGCCUAUGGCGUUGAACCUCAAGGAAAUUGGAUGGAGUGUGGCUCAUCAUCAUCAGAGUGCAAUCAGAUGCGGCAUGAUCAAGGACAAACUAAACUUAUUCGUCCUCCUCCUGAAAAGAGACAACGGGUUCCUUCUGCAUAUAACAGAUUUAUCAGGGAAGAAAUUCAAAGGAUAAAGGCAAACAAUCCAAGGAUUAGCCACAAGGAAGCUUUCAGUUCAGCAGCAAAAAAUUGGGCACACUUCCCUAGCAUUCAUAUGGAGCCAAACCUUGACGAGAACAAGGAGUGA